CACCUGACCUCCUGACGUCUUUGUUGUUCCGUGCGGUGACGUCAGCCGCCGUUAGAGAGUAAGCGCGGGCGGUGAGGCGGGAGAAGACGGCGAGCACCCAGCACCAUGCCCCGGGAGAUCAUCACGCUGCAGCUCGGCCAGUGCGGCAAUCAGAUUGGGUUCGAGUUCUGGAAGCAGCUUUGUGCCGAACAUGGCAUCAGCCCCGAAGGGAUUGUGGAAGAGUUUGCUACCGAAGGCACAGACCGGAAAGAUGUAUUCUUCUACCAGGCGGAUGAUGAGCACUAUAUCCCCCGAGCCGUUCUUCUGGAUCUGGAGCCUAGGGUAAUUCACUCCAUAUUAAACUCCCCGUACGCCAACCUGUACAACCCUGAGAACAUCUACCUGUCUGAACACGGCGGAGGAGCGGGGAACAACUGGGCUAGUGGAUUCUCACAGGGUGAGAAAAUCCACGAAGAUAUAUUUGACAUCAUUGAUAGAGAAGCAGACGGCAGUGAUAGUUUGGAGGGCUUCGUCCUUUGUCAUUCUAUCGCUGGGGGUACUGGUUCUGGUUUAGGAUCUUACCUAUUGGAGAGAUUAAAUGACAGGUAUCCCAAAAAGCUGGUUCAGACCUAUUCCGUCUUCCCAAACCAGGAUGAAAUGAGUGACGUUGUCGUCCAGCCUUACAAUUCCCUCCUGACUCUGAAGAGGCUGACUCAAAACGCUGACUGUGUGGUGGUUUUAGAUAACACCGCAUUGAACAGAAUUGCGACUGACAGACUGCACAUACAGAAUCCAUCUUUUUCUCAAAUCAACCAGUUGGUUUCCACCAUUAUGUCCGCCAGUACUACAACCCUCCGCUAUCCCGGCUAUAUGAACAAUGACUUAAUCGGGCUGAUCGCAUCCCUCAUCCCCACACCACGUCUACACUUCCUUAUGACUGGAUACACCCCGCUGACCACAGACCAGUCGGUGGCCAGCGUGAGGAAGACCACAGUGCUGGACGUCAUGAGGAGACUGCUGCAGCCCAAGAAUGUCAUGGUGUCCACCGGCCGGGACAGGCAGACGAACCAUUGUUACAUAGCAAUACUGAAUAUUAUCCAAGGAGAGGUGGAUCCUACUCAGGUGCACAAGAGUUUGCAGAGAAUCAGAGAACGGAAAUUGGCCAAUUUUAUCCCAUGGGGUCCUGCUAGCAUCCAGGUUGCCCUCUCAAGGAAGUCACCGUAUCUUCCCUCAGCACAUCGGGUCAGCGGACUGAUGAUGGCCAAUCAUACCAACAUCUCAUCUCUGUUUGAGAGAACGUGCCGGCAAUACGACAAGCUGAGGAAACGCGAGGCCUUCCUGGAGCAGUUCCGUAAAGAAGACAUAUUCAAGGAGAACUUCGACGAGCUGGAUAACUCCAGGGAGAUCGUUCAGCAGCUGAUAGACGAAUACCAUGCCGCCACCCGUCCGGAUUACAUUUCAUGGGGCACUCAGGACAAGUGAGCGCGGGCGGUAAGGGACGGACGGCACUAAACUAUUGGAGCACAGUUUGGCACUACACGGCACAGAAGGUGGGGGCUUGUUGUCUAAGUAAGAACGUCAUCCAUCCAGCUGAGCUGACCAGUGUCACCAGGGAGCAGCCUUUCCUGGUUACCGUGCUCUAGAGCGCCUCACACAGCAACCAGAGGACACUGCGGCUCAUGAUAAAACACGGAGAUGUGAAGCUCUCUGUUUCUUAUGUGUGUGGUGAGGCCAGCUAAUGCUUCUUCCUUGUAUAUGCUUCAGCUAUCCAGGCAGACCUGAUGUCAUUACAUUUUCAUGUAUGAAUCCUUUAUGUAAAGUAGUGUUUCCCAACCAGGGUGCCUUCAGCUGUUGCAAAACUACA